CAAUACCAAAACACAAACUCUCUAUAUUCACAACAUUAUUUAACUCAUCUUUCUAAGUUGGUUUCCAUUCAAGAAUAUCGCAAUGAUUAAUGUUCGCCUUCCUAUUCUUGUCUCUUCGGUUUUUUUCCUUGUCUUUAUUUCGUCGUCCCUCUUGUUCGCUGCACCUAGUUUUGCUGCUAGAGUAAGUCACUCUCUGGUGCAUGAAGAGGUCACAAAGAUUCCAGAAUACACAGAACCUGAGGAGCCGGAGAUUCCGGAAGAGCCGGAGCUGCCGUCACCGGAGGAGCCUGAGAUUCCAGAAGAACCAGAGAUUCCAGAAGAGCCUGAGGUUCCUGGGGAACCCGAAGUUCCUGAGGAGCCCGAAGAGCCAGAAGGGCCAAAAUUUGGAUUUCCAUCAUGGAUUCCGAGCUUUCCUUUUCCCGGUGUUAAUGGCGGUUUACCAAAGACUGAAAAUACAAAACCUACAUCAACAGCUGAAGAAGUUAACGGUUCUAACAAGAAGCCAUAGAUCAACGGGUGAAGAACGUCAAAAGGGUUGCAUCUCUAUAAUGAAUACUCUUCCUUGAUUAAUGAUUAUGUAAGUAUAUAUGCAAUAAUAUAUAUAGUUUUGGUGUGUUUGAUUAAAGAUGAGAGAAUACUUAUGUAUUAGAGUCCUCGUGUACGUCAUGUUUGAUAUAAUCUCGUACUGAUUCUCUCUUGUAACAUGUAUGUCUCUUUGUGGUACAAAAAAAUUAUAUUUAACUCUUAAUUAAAGA